UCUUAAUAAACUCAUUCCUAGACUAUAUAUAUGUACACCAUUUUGGUAGUUCAUCAAUUAGCUAUUAUAAUUAGUAAAGUCUCAUAUAUUUUCUUAAUCAUAACAUAUAUAAUGUCCAAUCAAAUAAUAUUGGCAUCAUCAAAAAAUGAGAAAAUACAUAAAAUUGUUCGACCAACAAAAAAUUAUCAUCCAUCUAUUUGGGGAGAUCGAUUUCUACAUUACAAUAUUUCAGAAGAAGAGUUGAGUUAUAAACAAGGCCAAGUUGAAGAAUUGAAAGAAGUAGUAAGAAAGGAGAUAUUUGGAGAAUUAUUAUGUGAUGAUUGGAAUAAUCGAUUGAAGUUAAUUGAUGUGGUAGAACGUUUGGGAUUGUCCUAUCAUUUUGAGAGUGAAAUACAAAAUGAGCUUCAACACAUUUACAACAUUAAUGAAAAUAAUUUCAAACAUGAAACUUUGCAUGAUGCUUCUAUUCGGUUUAGACUUCUACGACAACAUGGAUACAGAGUUUCUUUAGAUAUAUUUGACAAGUUCAAAGAUGAGAAUGGCAACUUUAAAGAAUGUUUGGCGAGUGACACUCUUGGUUUGCUUAGCUUAUAUGAGGCCUCACAUUUGAGUUGCGUCGGGGAAGAUUUACUAAAUGAAGCCUUGUCUUUUACGACCAGACACCUAAUUGAGUUUUUGGCAAAUAAUAAAAAAGAACAAUGCGAUGAUGAUGAUGAUCUUUUAUCGAAAGAAAUCUCUCGAGCCCUGGAGAGACCCUUAAGAAAAACCCUAAACAGGCUCCAAGCUAGGCAUUUCAUUUCAAUAUAUGAAAAAGUGGCCUUACAUAACCAAGCAUUGCUACAACUUGCAAAAUUAGAUUUCAAUUUAUUACAAUCCAUGCACAAAAAGGAGCUUAGCGAAAACUCCAGGUGGUGGAAAGAAUCAGACUUUGUACACAAAUUCCCUUUUGCAAGAGACAGGAGUGUGGAACUAUACCUUUGGAUAUUAGCAGUCUAUUAUGAACCCCAAUACUAUUUGGCAAGAAUAAUUUUAUUCAAAAUUAUUUCCUUUGCCACAAUAGCUGAUGACAUUUAUGAUUCAUAUGGUACUUUUGAAGAACUUGAACUCCUAACUGAGGCAGUUAAAAGGUGGGACAUAAAUGAGAUUGAUAAACUUAAUCCAGGAUGUUUUCAAGUAUUUUAUAAAGAACUUUUGAUUUGUUAUGAAGAAUUUGAGCAAGGGCUUACAAAGGAAGAAACUUACAGAGUUCAUUACGCAAAAGAAGAGUUUAAAGAAUUUCUCCAAGGUUAUCUGGAUGAAGCUUGGUGGUUAAAGAAAGCUGAACGCAUUCCAAGUUUUGAUGAGUAUUUGAAAUUUGGUUUGGUCAAUUGUGGUUACUUAAUGUUGACAGUGAGCUCUUUAAUUGGAAUGAAAAGUAACAAUAUUGUAACCAAACAAGUUUUUGAGUGGCUCUCCAAAGGCCCCAAGAUUAUCAAUGCAUCCACUACUAUUUGUCGGCUUAUGGAUGACAUAGCUGAACACAAGUUCGAGAAAGAGAAAUAUGAAGAACUAUCUGCAGUGGAAUGUUAUAUGAAGCAAUAUGGAGUUUCAGAAGAAGAAGCAUAUGAUGAACUCAAUAAGAGAGUUUUCAAUGCAUGGAAAGAAAUAAACGAAGACUACUUUCUUAAGCCAACUUAUGUAGCCUCACCUAUAUUAGAUCGUGCUCUUAAUCUUUCAAGGUUUAUGGAUCUUGUCUUCAAAAAUGGUGAUGGUUUUACUAAAGUUGGAAAAGGGACCAAAGAAACUGUUCAUGCCUUGCUUAUAGAUCCAAUUCUAUGAUAAUUAAACCUCUUUCAUGCAUAUAUAAUAUGAAUAAUGUUAAGCUUGUUAAAAUUCACAAGUUAAUAAAUUUAACCACAAGGAAUGGGAUCUUUACCUAAUUAUGGUAUGAAUAAGUGUAGGGCAACUGGGGACAACCUUGAUCAACUUGUACUUAUUAUUAUUCUAUUUAAUAUUUUUUCACUUUUGGUUAAUAACAUAAAUCAUUGUUG